GAGCAGCAGAACAGAGACACAGUCCUGCGGAGCGGCGAGGAAUACGUCCCCUAGCUUUGUGCUUUUGCGACUAAUCGACCUUUUAUCCUAUAGAACAAUUUAUUUCCGACUUCAGCUACAGUGAUAGCUAAGUUUGGAAAGGAGAAAGGGGGAAACACGCCGUGUCUUUUUUGUUUUGUUUUGUCGUUUUCGACAGUGAGAUGCAGUGGUAGCCAGGGUCGACGUCCUUUCUACAACAUCACAAAAGAGGAGACAGUGUAAAGAAAAAAAAAAGCAAUAUUCACUUGGUUAUUUUUGCCAUUUUGCCAGCUUUAAAAUGGAUAACUCAGGACCUAAGAAGACAUGCUGUGAAUCUGUCCGAGACUUCUUCACUUCAGCUAAAUUCCUUAUUUACAUGGGACAUGCCCUGUCAACAUGGGGGGACCGAAUGUGGAACUUUGCCGUGGCUGUUUUCUUGGUGGAGUUGUAUGGGAACAGCCUGCUGCUCACGGCCGUAUACGGGCUGGUGGUGGCCGGCUCCGUGCUGCUGCUGGGGGCCAUCAUCGGGGACUGGGUGGACAAAAAUCCCAGACUCAAAGUGGCCCAGACUUCGCUGCUCGUCCAGAACAGUUGCGUCAUCGUGUGUGGGAUCCUCCUCAUGGUUGUUUUCCAGUUCAAAGAACAGCUUGUGGAGCUUUACAAUGGAUGGAUUCUGACCAUCUGCUACAUUCUGGUGAUCACCAUCGCCAACAUCGCAAACCUAGCCAGUACGGCUACAUCCAUCACCAUCCAGAGGGACUGGGUGGUGGUCGUGGCCGGUCAGGACAGCAGCACGUUGGCAGAUAUGAAUGCCACAGUGCGGAUAAUCGACCAGCUGACCAACAUCCUGGCUCCCAUGCUGGUGGGUCAGAUAAUGGCCUUCGGCUCCCAUUUCAUUGGCUGCGGCUUCAUCUCUGGCUGGAACCUGUGCUCCAUGUGUCUGGAGUACGCGCUGCUAUGGAAGGUCUACCAGAAGACGCCGGCGUUGGCCAUGAAAGGCGGCCAGAAGGAGCAGCAACAGGAGCUCAAACAGCUCAGCCCCGUGAAAGACUUGGAGAACGGCCAGAGUCCUGAGGAGUCCUCUCAGCCGCUGAUGAAUGAUAGUUCAGUCGUGGCCAAGCCCGACUCUCCCAAGCAGCACGGCUGUUGCUACCAGAUGAGUGAACCCCUGCGCACCUUGAAGGCCGGCUGGGUGGCCUACUACAACCAGAACAUCUUCCUCGCCGGCAUGUCUCUGGCUUUCCUCUACAUGACGGUGCUGGGCUUUGACUGCAUCACCACGGGUUACGCCUACACGCAGGGCCUCAACGGCUCGGUGCUCAGCCUGCUGAUGGGGGCCUCGGCCGUGGCGGGCAUCUGCGGCACCGUUGCCUUCACUUGGGUUCGCAAGAAGUGUGGCCUGAUCCUCACAGGCUUCAUUUCAGGCACAGCCCAGCUUUCCUGCCUCAUGCUGUGUGUUGUGUCUGUCUUCGCUCCCGGGAGCCCCUUCGACCUCAGCGUCUCGCCCUUCCAGGACCUUUACACCCACCUGAUCGGAGAGAAGGCGCUGCCCGAGGCCGACCACAGCCUCACCAGCAUCUUCACCGGUGUAAACGCCACUACUUUGGCACCAGCUGAAGAGUUGCCGCCCCUGCAGUCCUACAUGUCUGUUAGUCUGCUGUUUGCUGGGGUCAUUGCUGCUAGACUUGGCCUGUGGUCUUUUGACCUGACAGUGACCCAGCUCAUCCAGGAGAAUGUGAUCGAGUCGGAGCGCGGUGUGAUCAACGGCGUCCAGAACUCCAUGAAUUACCUCUUAGACCUGCUGCACUUCAUCAUGGUGAUUCUGGCUCCGAACCCAGAGGCCUUUGGCCUGCUCGUCAUCAUCUCUGUGUCUUUCGUGGCCAUGGGUCACAUCAUGUACUUUGGAUUUGCCUUCAAGAGCCUGGGCAACCGCCUCUUCCUCUGCUGCUCGCCGGAGCAGAAGGAGACGGCGGAUAGCCCCCCACUUCCGACCACCGUCUAACUCAUUAAAGAGACUCUGUCCUGGGUACAUAUCUCUCAAGCCUUACCCUCCCCCUGCUGCAUCUUAUCUAACUAACAUCUUUGCUUGUAGCUGGCAGAAUGCUAACCAGAGAAAGGUAACGUAACAUGCUAUGCAUACUGUAACCAUUAAUCAUUCGUAGAAGGAGGCGAGUAGAAAGCUUACAGUCAUAGACAACUAUUCCACAGUAAUACUUUAGAUAAGGCAGGGUUUCUCUAACCUUUCAGUCAGGGAGUCAGGUCCAUGCUCUUUGAUAAAUACACGUACUGUCAAACAAGGAUCCAUCACUUCUAGGCUCGUGACCCAAAUGUGGGUCCUGUUAGACAAAUGAGGGGAUUGUAAAAUAUUCUCCUCCUAACAGUCUGGAUCUAGCUGUAAAGAAUUUUCAAAAGGUGCUUCCGCUAGAAAUGUCGCAGGGAAGCGACCACUGAGGCCUGGGUCAAAGGGGGACAGCUGUCUGAGACCCCACAAGGAAGAACAUCCCUCUAUUUUCUGACACUUUGCCUCUCAGUGACUUCAUUGGUGCUGUAGCCGUGUCUGCUAGCGGCUCUCUGCUAGCCUAGCUCAUGUAUGACGGUGCAGGUUGUGGAUGCUUUUUUAUAUUUAACCAAACACAAAACUGGGAUCUUGCCUCUUUAAUACGUAGGUAUAAGGGUUAUGCAGUUAACUGUAUUUAUUCAGGAAAUGCAGACGGUGUUUUUUUUAUAAUAAUCGUAUAUCAUCAGUAUUGUGUUGCGCGCUCGCGGUUGUGCCAUAAAAAUGAAAUGAUAAAUCCUAUGCAUCCUUGUCAAUAACUCUCAGUUACCAAAGUCAAAGUCCAUAUGUGUUAUAAAAGGAAGUGAGGGAAACCAGAUAUCUGUCUGCAGCAUUCCAAAUAUAUGUUCUUACUUCAGGUGACAGUAGUUGUGUAGGUUCACUAAUGCUUUCAUGCACCCCGAGUAAACCUGGAGAUAUCUAACCCGCUCUGAGAUUGUACUUACAUUUAGUUCUUCUGAUAGUUUACAUUGAUCGUGUCACCUUUUUGAUUUUUUAUGUUCUCUUGAGUAAUUUUUCAAUCGUGAUUGUUGUUACACAGGCACUUUAAGUGAUUGACGUCUGUCAUUACACCAAACUCAUGAUCAGGCAUUUGAUCAAUAUUUUUGCACAAUGCUGAAGUUCAACCCCCCCCCCCAUAAACUCCUGCACAAUCUUCUUUCAAUCACUUAUAGUCUCUCUGUCAGUGUGUUCAGAAGAUGUGCUGGGAUUGUGGUUACAAGGCACAUAUUGUAACGCUCGUGAGGACAAACUGCCCAGUUAUCUCAUACCCCCCCCCCCCCCCCCCCCCCCCCCCCCCCCUCGUUUCCCGGGAGCUUAGUCAGCAAACCUGUUCAGCGCUUCAGACUGCCAGCAGACUCUGGACCGGGACUGAGUCAGUUCUUAGUUCUUAUUGCUGUCAGCACAACAUUUUACUCAAGUAAAGUUCUGACACCCAUGUGGACAUCUUUGAACCAGGACUAGUGUAGAACAUUUAUUUCAUUAGUAUCUAUGACAGUUUGUGGAGUGUUGCAUGCUACUUUUCCUGUGAAGUGAUUUUGUAAGUCAAAGAGUAUUUCCAAAAAAACUGCUAGAAAUCAGACAUUUGGAAAGUGGCUUUACUUUAAAGCGAAGCUUCUGUAUUUAGCUUUUUCUGAGAAGUUGGCCACUGGAUACAUAUGACAAUUACAGGAUAAUGAUAAAACAUAGUGUCACAAAGAAGAGUCAUAAUGAUGGCAAUAUCGAUCUUAAGUGUUCCAACAUUAGCCACAAUAAGCUAAUGGUCAUACUAAACCAAGUAAGGCUGUAACAGAAAAACCCCUGAGAGCACAGAAUUGCUUAUGAAUUCAACUUUUUAUGUUUAAGAGAAUUGACCUGAUGUCACGAACUACUGCAGCUGUAAGUAGUUCCUCUCCACCGCUGACCUUCAGGAUGUCACGAACUACUGCAGCUGUAAGUAGUUCCUCUCCACCGCUGACCUUCAGUCAAUUCUGCUGCCUUAUUGUAAAUGAGCCUUGAUAGCUGUUAAACGCACACGUGGCUACAUCGAGACGGUUACUAGCCGCACCCUAACCCGUGAAAAAUCUAGCCAGUCUAGCCAAGAUUUUGGUAAUUGGGGGGGGGGAGAGAAAUAUUUGGGUUGGAAACGGAGGUAGCCACACCAGAUGUAGGAGAACAGAAGGCCACUUUAGCUGCAAAUGCUGAGUGUGCACAUGUCUGCAGGUGUGCCACUGCUCACUGGGAAAACAGCUUCAUUUCAUGUUCCACCUGGAUUUAAUGUAACUUCUGAAGGAAAACCGUUCUUACAACAGUUGGUCUGUCGAUUCAGGAAUAUCUCACAUUGCCAUGACUCUAUAUUUGUAAUGUAAAUAACUUUAGCGGCCAGUCAUACAAUUGGAAAAUGCUAAUAUAUAUAUAUAUAUAUAUAUAUAUAUAUAUAUAUAUAUAUAUAUAGUGUAUACUGUUGUCAUGCUGUUUGUCUGGAAGUGCUGACUUUCUUUUCUACAUGUUUUUAUACACCUAGUGUUAACAUUUUGUGUCAAAUUGAGUUUUCUUAAAGGUUUUUUGAGAUUUGUAUAUGAAGAAAUGACCUUCUUUCAUUUAAAUGCAUAUGUAUCAUACUGCUUUAAUCUGACUGUAUACAUAUAUUUCUCUUUGUAUAUAUAUUUCAGUGUUAUUGUAGUUAUAUAGACAAAAGCAUUAAAUCAGAAAUAAAUAAUUCUUAUGUAAUAAUUACUCCAAGGCACUCCAAGGACGUUGGUAAUGCUUGUAUUGCAUGAGGUCUCCUUAAUAAAGAAAACCUUUACAAUUG